AUGAACUUCCUACGACGACGCCUCUCGGACAGCAGCUUCAUGUCCAACCUGCCCAACGGCUACAUGUCAGACCUCCAGAGGCCCGACCCGCCUGCUCCUCCUCCCCCCUCCGCCUCCUCCCCUUCCCAGCAAGGUGAAGCUCCAGCAAAUGCUCCCGCCCCUGCCCAGUCCCCAACUGUAGCUCCAGCAGCGUCCCAGGCACCAGCAAGCUCGCCUGCACCCCAAGAGCGCCGUCUAAGCCAGCAGGCUCAGCAACCUCCACAGGCCCAGUCCUUCUCUUCUGGUGGCUCCUCUGGCUUCUUCAGCUCCUUCAGCUCCAUCACCAAUGCUGUCAAACAGACAGCCGCAUCUGCCGCUGGGUUUGUGGAGCAGUCGGCUCCUUCCCCUUCCCUCUCCAAGAAGUUCAAGACCCUGUUGGUCAUUGAUGAGCCUCAGCAUGAGUGGUCCAAAGUGUUUCGGGGAAAGAAGGUGCUCGGGGACUAUGACAUCAAAGUGGAGCAGGCUGAAUUCUCAGAGGUCAACCUGGUCUCACAUUCAAAUGGCAGCUGUAAUGUGGACAUGCAGGUCAUCAGGAGUGGGACCAAAGUGGUCAGGUCUUUCAGGCCUGACUUUGUCUUGGUUCGCCAGCACGCCUUCAGCAUGGCCCAGAACGAGGACUUCAGAAACUUGAUCAUUGGUCUGCAGUACGCAGGAGUCCCCUCUGUCAACUCUCUAGACUCCAUCUACAACCUCAGCGACAAACCCUGGGCUUUUUCCCAGCUGAUCAACAAUCAGAAGAAGUUGGGUUCUGAUAAGUUUCCACUCAUUGAUCAGACUUUCUACCCCAACUACAGAGACAUGAUUACGACACCCAGUUUCCCUGUAGUUGUGAAGAUUGGACACGCCCACUCUGGAAUGGGAAAGGUCAAAGUGGACAACGUGAGUGACUUCCAGGAUAUUGCAAGUGUGGUGGCCAUCACUCAGACCUACUGCACUACAGAGCCAUUUGUAGACGCCAAGUAUGACAUCCGGGUCCAGAAAAUCGGCACUGACUACAAAGCAUACAUGCGAACAUCCAUCUCUGGUAACUGGAAGAGCAACACCGGAUCUGCCAUGUUGGAACAAGUAGCCAUGACUGACAAGUAUAAGCUGUGGGUCGAUGCCUGCUCGGAGAUCUUUGGAGGGCUGGAUAUUUGUGCUGUCAAAGCCAUCUGUGGCAAGGAUGGUAAUGACUACAUAACUGAGGUUGUGGGUUCAUCUAUGCAGUUGAUUGGUGAUCACCAGACGGAGGAUCGCCAGCUCAUCUCAGAUGUGGUGCUUGCUAAGAUGAACCAGGCACUGUCUGCCCGGUCAUCUAGUAUUUCCCGCUCACCUGCUCGCUCCCCUCAAGGCCAGAGGGCGACUACUGUACAGCCUCAACAGAGUGCUGCCCUGAAGGAAGGAGUGGCAGAUCCAAACAGGACCUCGGGCCAGCGUCCUCAACCUCAAGGUGCACCACUGAAGUCGCAGAGUGUAGGGCAAGCAUCAGAGUCAGCUAAGAGAGCAUCUGACCCAGUACCAAAGCCAAGCCAGGCCCAGAAACCUGGUCCAGGUCCAGGUCCAGGUCCAGGUCCAGGUCCAGCUCAGAAACCGGCUCAAGCUCAGAAGCCAGGCCCAGUCCAGAGGACCGGUUCAGUCACAAAGCCUCCAGUGCCGAGGCCUCCUCCUAUGACGAGAGCCCCGUCUGUUACAAAGCCACCGCCGGGUUCUGCUUCCACCACAGCCCCAGCCAAAGCCUCGCCAACAUCCCCAGCUAAAACAUCCCCAGCUAAAACAGCAGCAGCCACAGCAGCUCCAGGCUCUCCCCCAACAAAAGCAGCAGCAGCAGCAGCAGCCUCAGCUGCAGCUCCAGGCUCCCCUGCAGCCCCGGCUCCAGCUCCAGUCUCAGCCUCUCCUCCAAUCUCAGCUCCCACCACAGAGCAGCCCAAGCCCCAGCCUCAGGGUUCCCCAUCCCCAGCUCCUGGCAAACCAAAAGAGCUGCCCCCCAAACCCACACCACCUGCGAAGCCCAUCCCACCCGUGCGCAGAAAUUCAAAGCCUCUGCUCCAGCCAAAACCGCAAACCCCACCCCCUCCCAAGGCUUCACCCAAACCCCAGCCAGCUGCCCAAGCCCCAGCAACCACCCAGGCCUCAGAUACUGCCUCAGCCCCUACCCCAACACAGGUUCAGUCCCCAGCCAAAGCCAGCCAGUCCCCGCCAAGUGUCCAGUCCCCAGCUAAGCCUCAGCCUCAGGCUGAGCCUCCCUCACCUUCCCAAAACCCAGAGCCAGUCUCGGGUGAAGCAGCUGCGGCCCCUGAAGAGGGUGACGCCCCUGUUGAAGACCAACCAACCAAGACCCAUCCUCUGCUGAAUAAAUCCCAGUCCUUGACCAAUGCCUUCAACGCCUUCAGCGACUCCUCUUUCUUCCGUGGCGUGUCAAGCUCCGGUGGUGAGGGCGGCGGCGUCCAAGAAGAGGCUAAGGCUGAGACCAUUCGCAAUCUCCGAAAGUCCUUCGCCAGCCUCUUCUCUGACUAGACAGCCGAACCGUAGUUGGCCCCUUAAUGAUUCUGGCCGACUUUUACUACUGGCCAGUGAUGACUUGACAUAAAUGUGAACCAGUCUGAGAUUAAACUUUGUGUGUUAAUUGUGCUGUAUUCCCCACCGUCCCUGUCCCUCUGUCCUCCCUUUUCAGCUUCUCUGUGUGAGUAACAGUGAGGCCUGCUGGGUGGGAUGUUCAGUGAAUGAUUUUGUGCCAGAUUUGGACUGAAGGAGUUACGUCAUUGAUAAAGCCUAGAAGAGAAUAGGAUUAUGUAAUGUUUAUUUUUCCCAGAGCACAUUAUGAGGAACACUUUCAGAAAUACAAAAAGUAAAAUAUUUAAGACUUCAGAUGGAAUGUACAUACAGUAUAUAAAUAUGAAUAUAGAUAUAUGUAUACACACAGUAUAUAAAUAGAAGAUUAUAGAGCUGUGAAGGGAGAUAAGCCAAUAUGACAAUAAGAAAUCCAGCAGCACUUUUCAAUUAACUUUUGACAGUGACAUAACUCUUUCAUUCAGUGGCUGGAUUCAUACAUUUUAAAAGUAACUUGAUAUUUGACAUUUGAUGGUUUCACACCAGUAAGUACAUUUUGGUGCAAAGUAUGUGAGUGGAGAAAAAACUACUACUUUAAUGGUUUGUUUCUGUGUCAAUCCAGCCUUUGUGUCUCUGGUCUUUGACUACUAACUACUGGGCCUGUAAUUGCUGCCCCCUUUUUUUGUCUACAAACCUUGAAAAUCAUUGUCGUGUGAGGGAGUUUGAAAUAUGUGUACGUUCAUCCGUGUUCAAUUGUUAUGCAUGGCUCCUUCAAGUGGCUCGGUUUGACUUUUGGAGCAGACGGAAGCUCUAUCAGUGUUGAGUUUCCCCUACGUUGCCUCUCUCUCUCUAGAUGUUGUAGCCUUAUUGUGAACAUGUUUUCAAUUCGCAGCUACAUUAGUUAGCUGUGCAGACCUGGGUCGAUUACACCUCGAAAUUCAUUCGUUUACCUCAAGCGCUGAAAUUAAACCAUCGACAUUGA